UCCCGUGUACUGAGAAUGGCGUUGGCAAGAUUUCUAACGACUCUGAUGCUAAGCAGCUUAGCACUGACUACAAUUAGCCAUGCGCUGACCAUCCAACCACGGAGUAGCUGGGGAGCUGCCUCGGCGCGAACUCCCUCCCGUAUUCGAGGUGCCGUGGACUAUGUUAUCAUACAUCAUUCGGACAAUCCGGGCGGCUGCUCAUCCUCUCAGCAGUGCCAGCGAAUGAUCAAAUCCAUACAGACAGAUCACCAGGGAAGGCGUAGGUUCAGCGAUAUCGGUUACAACUUCAUUGUGGCCGGCGAUGGCAAUGUGUAUGAGGGUCGUGGUUUCGGACUACAGGGCUCCCAUGCUCCCAACUAUAAUCGCAACAGCAUUGGCAUCGUCUUUCUGGGCAGUUUCGAAAGUCAAGCACCCUCGUCCCAAAUGCUGCAGAAUGCCAAGGAUCUCAUUGCCAAGGCCAAAGCUGAUGGCUAUCUGAAGGACAACUAUACGUUGCUGGGCCAUCGCCAAACCAAAGCCACUGCCUGUCCCGGCACUGCGCUCUACAAUGAGAUUAAAACCUGGCCCAAGUGGCGUAAUUUGUAGGUCAAAGGCUACAGAUAGGCAGCUGUAUUAUGAGAUUAAAUUUAUUAGUUUUAGUUUCUAUUUUAAAUCAAUGACUGAUGAAGAAGAAUUACGAAAGAAUAUCGCAGUUAUGUGUAAAUUAUAAUAUUGUAAAUAUUUAUUUUUUUAAACCAAUGUAUGUGUAUUCAAAUAUUUCGUUGAUUAAAAGUGGAAAAAUAAUGUAAAA